AUGGUCUUAACAUCAUACCUUCUUCUCCUCUGCUUAGUCCAAAUUAGAGGUGACUAUGAUGAUGAGCCAUUAUCUCUCAAAGAUAUUCAAAUAAAAUUCUCUCUAAUUACGACGAACGGUUCGAAAAUUGACACAACGUCAAAGGGAAUUGUGAGGAUUUAUAAAAAGAAGGGAAAACCUAAGGAACGAGAUAAUGUAUUCAACUGUGCCUUCAAUGGAGAUGAAGGUUAUGAAGAACUGAAGGAAGGUUCUGCACUAGGAUGCGUCGCGGUCCAAGUGCUGCAAUGCGAUACCAUCUCCUAUGGUCUUGGCUUGAUAGAAGAAGAAAACAGAGAUCUUUGCUGGAUGGGAAGCUCAGAACUUGUGUGUGCUGUCAAGGAAUCGAAUCAUAUGUUACAAUCUGUCGUUCCCCUUUUUAAAUCAUUGCAAAAUCACAGAGAAGAAGUUGCAAAGUGCGCUUCAAAGAUGAUCUUAAAUGAGUAUGCAAAAAAGAAGUCAAAGGAGCCUGAUCUAAGUAAGGAAACGUCUACUGAAAUGUCCACGGCAACUACAAAGGGAGGAGAUGGCGACAAUACUAGAGGAAAGAGAAAAAAACAAGGAAGAACAGUAAUGUGGAAUGAGACGUCGAGAACGCUAACGAUUAUUGGUGGAGCUGCAUGUUUACUUCUCUUUCUUCAAAUAAUCGUGCUGGCAAUGGCGAUUAAAUUGAUCAAGAGGCAGGCGUACAGAGGAGUAUAG